CGUCUUCCAAAGGAAAUCUCCAUGGAAAACAAGGAUAUCUACCUUGAAACAAGCAAAGCCGAAAGAUCAAUGUGGUUAAUGAAGUGCCCUCGUUUGGUUUCACGCUCUCUCCAACGCCCUCAACCCUCCUCCUCUUCUUCUUCAGCUUCAGCUUCUCCUUCUCAUGCGGUUGCCAAAGUUAUUCUUUCCAUUGACCCUCGUGUCUCUAGUGAUGACAAUGACUCCUCUUCUCCUCAGUUUACCAUGGAUUUGGUUGGCACAGAAACUGGAGAUGUACCGAAGAGUUAUUCCAUGGACAUGACCAAAGACUUUGUUCCAAUGUCUGUGUUUUCACAGACAUCCCAAGGAAAGCUUGCAGUUGAGGGGAAAAUACUAAACAAGUUUGACAUGAGACCUCAUGAUGAAAACAUCGAGAACUAUGGGAAACUCUGCCGUGAACGGACAAAUAAAUCUAUGAACAAAUCCAGACAGAUACAGGUCAUCGAUAAUGACAAUGGAUCACAUAUGAGGCCAAUGCCAGGGAUGAUUAUCGCUGCUGUAUUCAAUGAAAAGAAGAAGGCACCUGCCAAGACAUUAGAUACAAAAAGAACACGGAGGGAUCGUGGAGAGAUGGAAGAUAUUAUGUUUAAGCUCUUUGAAAGGCAAACGAAUUGGACUUUAAGACAACUGAUUCAAGAGACAGACCAACCAGAACAAUUUCUGAAAGAUAUACUUAAAGACCUCUGUAUAUACAACAACAAGGGAACUAAUCAAGGGUCAUAUGAGCUGAAACCGGAAUACAAGAAAGCUACCGAUGGCACUAACUCUUAA